CCGACGUACAGCCGUACAGACGAGUUUAUCGCUGACUGUAUCGACCUUCCUGAUCUCGGGAUCUUUUUCGUCUUUUCGCCUUCCUACAUAUAUCGACAAUGAGCAGUCGCGGCGGUUUCCGUGGUGGGUCUAGGGGCGGUUUCGGUGGAGGUUUCGGUGGAGGACGUGGUGGAGGUCGCGGUGGAUUCAACAGCUCUUCUAUGGGUCCUCCGGAUGAGGUUCAGCCGUUGGGUGAGUUCAUGCACGCCUGCGAGGGCGAGAUGAUCUGCGAGUCAACCAACACCAAGAUCCCCUACUUCAACGCCCCCAUCUACACCGAAUCCAAGUCUCUCCUCGGCAAGGUCGACGAGAUCCUCGGUCCCAUGAACCAGGUCUACUUCACCGUCAAGCCCACGGAUGGUAUCGUCGCAACGAGUUUCAAGGCCGGUGACAAGGUUUAUAUCGGUUCCGACAAGUUGUUGCCUCUGUCAAGAUUCUUGCCUCAGCCUAAGCCUACGGGUGGUGUGAAGAAGUCUGGCGGUCGUGGUGGUGCACGAGGUGGACGUGGUGGUGCCCGUGGAGGAGCUCGCGGUGGAUUCGGCGGUGGCCGUGGUGGAGGAUCCCGUGGCGGAUUCGGUGGCUCCUCCCGCGGUGGAGGUUUCUCUGGAGGUCGCGGAGGAUCUCGUGGUGGAUUCGGUGGCUCCUCCCGCGGUGGAGGUGGAGGCUUCGGUGGAGGUUCCCGUGGCGGUUUCGGUGGAGGUCGCGGUGGAGGUCGUGGACGUUUCUAAGCGGUGGAUGGAAUGGAAUAGAUACGGAGAGGCGCUGGGAUUGACUUGCUGGCCGCAGCAACCAGGCAGUUACGGGAUCUACGACGAUGGCACAUGAGGAACAAGGCCGCUUGUGAUGUACAGCUGCUGCACUAUAUCUGGGUUUAUUCGCUUUCUUGCAUAUGUUUUUUUGGGGGUUCUACACAUGGUU